UGGAGAACCGGAAACUGACCAUGAAAUCCCCCAAAAAACCAAUCAAAAUCCUGACUCGUCCUUCACCAUCAACGGAGGAGAAAAGCACCCAAACCCCGAAAUCACCUGUAGCCACUUACCAGCGUCGCCUCAAUCCUUUGGCUCGUCCCUACAACAGGAUUCCAGUUUCAAAAGCUCUGAUGGAGAUUCAACCAUCCUCUCAGAUCACGACAUGCUUGAACCUAUUCCCAACAGUGACAGAGAAACCGCUAUGUUCACCAAAAUUGUCGACGCCAGGUUCGCCGACGGAACUCAGGGGGGCACUUCUGCUUCUCGAUUCAAUGCAGCGCAAGGAGGAGGAGAUUAUUCGUUGUCCACUGCAGAGGAGGCUGCUUAUAGAUCAACAAGUGGAGAAAAACCCACUGGUAAUCCCAGAAAGUAUUCCGACGUUUCACUUGCUGUUAGAAAGUCACGGACUCGAUAUGGGUCGGAAAGAUCGCCUUAUGGUUAUGUUCAUCACGCGAAGUCAAGUGGUAGGGGUUCAACUGCAAGCACGUUACACCCAGGUACUGGCUCGUCCAAAGGAGGUACAUGCAUUAGUGACUCCGAUCAGGUUAGAGGAUGUGGGCCCGAUGGGGAUGGUGGACUGCUGGAGGGAUUGGGAGGAGUUCUUCCUACCACAGGAACAAAUCCCUAAUUCUCCAGGAACAGUCAACAAUCUUCGCCCCCUUCCUUGUCUCAAUAUGAAGAUAGUUAUGUGGAAUGUUCGUGGUGCCUCGAAAAAUGACUUCUUGCCUCAUGCAUGGAGUAUUAUAGAUAAGCAACAUCCUACUGUUUUUGUUUUUCUGGAAACGAAGGCAGAUGAUUUACGUGCUCGACAAGUUAUGCUUCAAUUAGGGUUCCACGAUUUUAAGGUGGUUCAGGCUAACUCUCGUAGGGGAGGUAUCUGGGUUUUCUGGAAAAAUACAGUUGACCUAGUUACUUUCUCGGUUGGGGAUUAUCAUUUUCAUGGGCUGUUUCACUUUAAGAAUGUAAAGGAGGAGGCUUUAGUUACCGCAAUGCAUGCUCCCAGUAAAGCUAUGCAAUGUCACCAAGUUUGGAAGGACAUGCAAGCGGAUCUUCCUCCAGCCACAACUUCCUGGCUCCUGGUUGGGGAUCUCAAUGAGGUAACUUCUCACUCUGAAAAAUCUGGGGGGAGGGAUUUUAGGCCUUCUCAAUGCCGGGAUUUUAAUAAUUUCCGGGAUGAGGCUGGCCUUGUUGAUUUGGGAUUUUCUGGUAAUCCCUUUACUUGGGAAAAUAUGAGAGAGGGGGCGGCUCUAAUCAGAGAAAGAUUGGACCGCGCUCUUGCAAAUGCAAAAUGGCUUGACACUUUUCCCCAUACCAAGGAUAAAGGAAAAGGUAAAAUGGGAGAGGUUUAUACCCCACGUCCUUCGUGGACUCCACCGGCUCCUGGCUUUAUGAAGCUCAAUACUGAUGGAGCUUGGAAAGGGAUAGAUGAGGCUGGAGGAGGAGGCGUGCUGAGAAGGGAGAAUGGAGAUUGGUAUCUUGGAUUCUCAAGCAAAUUUAAUGCCAAAACUCCAUUGGCUGCUGAACUCCUAGCAAUGAGGGAAGGUCUUGCUAUGGCGAAAGCUUUUCAGGUGCCAAAGCUUGAAGUGGAAACUGAUGCUGAAUCUUUGAUCUUUAUGCUAGAUACGUCAGGUGUGAAUCCUUAUCCGCACCAUGAGCUAGCUGCUGUUAUUUCGGAUGUGAGGAACCAGAUUAAAGAAGAUUGGGUGAUUGUCUUCAAACAUGUACCAAGGCACAAAAAUGUAGUUGCACAUCACUUGGCAGCAAUGGCAAUGGAGAUGGCUGUGGGUCAUGUCACCCAUUUUGAGGUACCACCAAGGGCUUUCAAUGAUUUCAAAAAGGAUAAAGCUGCUGCGGAUAGAUUUGGGGGUGGGUCUGCCAAUGCUUAGCAUGUCUCUAAAGGUUGUCUUUCUUAAAAGUACGUGGAAUGUGUAAUCUGAUCUGUGGGGAGAUCUUAUCUUUUGUUAUGAAAACUAAUAGGGUAGAUAGUAUGUGUGUCUAUGGUAUGCUAUGGAACAGAGUUUUAUUUUGGGUGGGCUUUGUUCCCUGCUACUUCGUUUAGUACUAUUCGGCGAAGUGGGGGCUCUUUGUUGAUUUGCAAUGUAGUUGUAAUAUGCUUUAUAUAAUUUAAUAAUAUUUUCUUCGUUUUACGUUAAAAAAAAAAAUACCCACGCCCAUCGUCUCUUCUCUAGUGAACUCCCCCACUCUCCUCUUCGCCGCGCUCUUUGCUCUUCUCAAGGUUCCUUCCAAAGUGGACAUACAGCUGGUGAUUCAGGUAUAUAUAUGGGCAAUUCUAUGGAGUUCUCUUACGAAGAGCUUGCAAAAGCGACAAAUAAUUUUCAACAGCAGUUAUAGGAUUGGUGGAGGUGGAUUUGGAGAAGUCUUCUUUGCAUAGCACAGAGGCGAGAAAGCAACAAUCAAGAAGAUGGAUAUGCAAACCUCAAGGGAGCUUUUGGCUGAGCUGCAGGUCUUAACUCGUGUUCAUCAUUUGCAUCUGGCAAAGCUAGCCAGAAAGGAGAUGCGGGAUUACGAGGCUUUAUUGAAAAGCUUUGAAGUCUCCUAACCUGCACGUUUGGAGGAAGUUAUUCGGUCGAUUGAUCGAGCUCUUGGUCCUGAGAGAUGUUCUGGGAUUCAUGGUAGUUUUGUUCAUCUUGAAGGGCUCAAGAAGCUCAAGUCUCUUAACAUUAGGUAUUGUAAAUGUGUUGCAGAUUCAGAUACAGAGGCAAUUUCAAAAUUUACAACCUUGAGGGAGCUGCAAGUUUCUUUCAGCAGCAUCACUGGUGCUGGCAUUUCUUAUUUGAAAGAAAACUAUGGUGGCCAGAAUUCUUAGAAAAUUACUACAUAUGGUAGGAAUUUUACCAACUGAUAAAGUGAUAGAAGUGCAGAUACCAGAUUUGGUGGGAGAAUUCGUUGGUCACACUGGGCUGAAGACUAGGAGAGCGAUUUUGGGCAGAUCAAAGAAGCUGAAGGGGGAUUCUUUUUGUGGAUGAAGCCUACCGUCUUAUACCGAUGCAGAAAUCAAAUGAUAAGGAUUAUGGGUUGGAGAUUAUGUCAGUGACAGUAAUGAACAAUAGGGAGAUAUAGUCACUUUUUCUCGAUACAGUGAAUCUAUGAAAACGAGUACAGAUUUGGUUUUAAGAAAGUUAAAUUAUUUCAAGUUUCAUGCAGUUAGAGGCGGGGCACUUGUUUUGUUGAUACCAUGCAAGAUGUCUGGUAUGAUGAAAUGUUGGUGGCUUUUGUUUAACAAGCUUUGUUUCUUUUGCAGUUACAUGGAGGAAUGUGCAAGCUCUUUUCCGAUAUACUUCGUGUAUUGUAGAGUGUUGAAUAUCUUUCUAGCAACACCUCCACGCAUCCACGCAUUAUGUUCUCUGCAUGUAGCACUUGAGAAGGCCAUAAAUCUUUUACAACAUUGCUCAGAGUGUAGCAAACUGUACCUGAGGAAGAAGUGACAAAUUAAGAUACAAGAGUACUUGCAAAAAUGAAGGAUUUCGAGGACUGAACCUUAGAAUAUAAGGUUGAUGAGGAAGCGGAUAUGAUGACCGAGAAUAUCACAACUUAAUACUCCGUAUCAAUUUCGAGUCAUUCUAAAUUUGUGAUACAAAAUGCAUUUUGUUCAUAUAAUUUCCCUUAUAUUGUACCUUCGAACUAUCAAUGUAAAACACAUACAUCGUGAAUAUAUUUAUGGUUUCGUAUUUUCUGUUA